AUGCCAUAUUUACGUGUGUUUGAUAUUAAUUGUCAAGAUUUUCUAGAAUAUGAUAUUUCAUGUCAUGAUGCUGUUACUGAAUUUAAUUCUUCUUUUUGGAUUAAAAAUAAAUGUUUUUUUGUAAAUCAAUAUGAAUGGAACGAUCAAUCUAUUGGUGGAGUUAUAUAUUCGUCUGAUGAACUAUUGGGUUUACAUCAUCAACAAGAAAAUCUAAAUUCAAUCGAGCAUCUUCAUAUUCGAAAUGAUUUAAAAUCCAAUUGUCGAAGAUAUUUUUCAAGUGUUAAUCGAUUAACUAUUGACCAUCUUUGUGAAAUAUCAGAUGGUGAUUCAUUUAUAACAAAUCUUAAUCAUAUGGUUUCUUUAACACAACUUACAAAAUUAGUUAUUAUAACUUUUGGUUUUACAUUCGAGCAUAUUAUUAAAUUGUUACGUUUAACACCGAAUUUACACACAUUAGAAUUUGGUGAAAGCCCCAUGUGGGCAAUUGAUUCAAAUGUCAUUCAACAAAAUGUACCUUUUCAAUAUACAUUAACGGAAAAUAAAAUCGAAAAUUUAGUCGUUCAUGGUAAAUGUUCAUUGAAUCGAAUUCAAUUCGUUGUUUAUAUAUUUUCAAAAUUAAAAUACCUUAAAACAGAUAUCACAGAAACAGAAAUUCAACCAAUAAUUCGAUAUUUAUUAUCAAAAAUCCAUAAUAGAACACAACAUUUAUUUUAUUUAUGUAUUUCACAUUCUCAAAAGAAUUGGUUAAAAGAAGUAGACGAUUUAAUUAAAUUAGACAAUUUACUUAACAAUUACUCUAUUAAAUACAUUUGGGGUGAUUUACAUUUAUGGUGGUAA